AUGAACUCUUCACUACGCUAUCCUUAUGUACGACGCAGCACAGCCCAAAUUGAUGGUGAAGCCCUGCAGCAUCUUCUGCUUAACGAACGUAUAUGGCGCAAUGCUUUCGACAAACCAACAUCGAAGCUGGAUGUGGAUGGUAAGAAGACGAAAUGGUCGAGAUUUGUAGGGUAUUUACAGUUUGCCUACGAGAAAUCACGUCUUCACUACCUCUUCCCUAUCAUUCUUCUAUUCGCCUAUUCAUUACUUGGUGGUCUAAUAUUUUGGUCUAUAGAGAGGUCCCAUGAGGAGGUAAUUCUAACAGAUAAGAGUAAUUUCAUUGACGCGCUUAAGGAAGAGCUAUUGAAUGUGAUAAUGCGUGUGCAUGAACGACUCUCCGAAUACAAUAGAGCUUACGCGUGGGUGGCACGAAAAAAAAACUUUCUUGAUUAA